AUGCCCUUCCUUCCAAGCCCUGUUUGCCUUCGCUUUCUUUGUGAUCAUGGUACUGAAAAUAGGGAAGAUCAGAGGCAAAACCAAUUAGUCUGCUUCAAAUCUGCCCCCAGGGCCAUGGAAGCUACCCUUUAUCGGAAACCUACACCAGCUCAUCGGCUCUCUACACAUCAUGGACUAAGAGACUUGGCCAAGAAUUAUGGACCCCUUAUGCACCUCAAGCUUGGAGAAGUUUCCACUGUAGUAGUUUCAACCGCAGAGUUUGCCGAAGAGGUGAUGAAAACCCAUGAUCUUAUCUUUGCAUCAAGGCCCCCUAUUCUUGCUGCAAAGAUCUUGUCUUACGGCUCUACAAACAUUGGCUUUCCACCAUAUGAAGAAGAGGUAGUGAAUCUCAUUCAAUGGAUUGCCUCAAGAGCAGGAUCACCUAUCAAUCUUACUCAGGAAAUUUACUCAUCGACACAUAGCAUCACUUCGCGAGUAGCCUUUGAUGUUUUUCCUUCUGUCAGUUUGCUUCAGCUCUUAAGUGGAAUGAGGCCUAAUCUUGAAAGGCUGCAUAAAGAAGCUGACAGGAUAAUGGAAAACAUCAUCAAAGAACAUCAAAGUUCAAAGGGAUAUGAUAACUACAAAAAGUGUCGCCCCAGACUAUGGAAAUACAUAAACCUCACCAUGACACCAUAUCUUCGAAUCACCUCGACCACCUCAAGUAAUUUUGGCUACCAAGGUGAAUGGAUCUUGGGUCUCAGCAUAUUGGAUAUGUUUUCUGCUGGGAGUGAGACAUCAGCUACAGCUGUAGACUGGGCAAUAACAGAAAUGAUAAAAACUCCAAGAGUAAUGAAAACGGCACAGAAUGAAGUGAGGGAAGUGUUUAAUAGAAAAGGACAGAUAGAUGAAACAUGCAUUGGAGAGAUGAAAUAUUUGAACAUGGUUAUCAAGGAGACACUCAGGUUACACCCCCCGGCUCCCCUGUUACUUCCACGAGAAUGUGGAGAGAAAUGCGAGAUUGAUGGAUACGAAAUACCUGUGAAAUCCAAGGUAAUUGUGAAUGCAUGGGCAAUUGAUAGAGAUCCCAAUUACUGGAAUGAGCCUGAGCGCUUUAAUCCCAAUAGGUUCCUCGAUAGCUCGAUUGACUACAAGGGAACAAACUUUGAAUAUAUCCCAUUUGGUGCUGGAAGGAGAAUAUGCCCUGGCAUAUCAUAUGGUCUUGCCAACAUUGAACUUCCACUUGCAUUCUUGUUAUACCAUUUUGAUUGGAAACUCCCCAACGGGAUGAAGCAUGAAGACCUGGACAUGACUGAGGACUUCGGCAUUGCAGUCCAAAGAAAACAAGAUCUGCACUUGAUUCCCAUUUCGUAUCAUCCUCCGCCUACUGAAAAAUCCUAA